AUGAUCAGUGGAGUAAUCUCUUCACGAUUUUUUGAGCAUCAGGAACCCUAUGUCUUUUAUGAGUCACCAGCCAAGCGGAGGGAGAGUUUCCUAACUCUGAGGUACUGGCACGUGUUGUCCUUCUUGCUUUCCAUCCGUGAGAUCAACCAGAAUCCCAGGAUCCUACCCAAUAUCAGCUUGGGCUACGACAUCUAUGAGAGCCAUUUUGAUGGGAGAACCACUUCUUAUGCUAUGUUAGGCCUGCCUGCUAGUGGGAAAAGCUACCUUCCAAACUUCAAUUGUGGGAAGAAGAAGAAGAACCUGCUGGCCAUUCUUGAAGGAAGUGAAUCAGUUGUCUCCACUCUUAUUUCAGCCAUGUCAGGCAUCUACAAGAUUCCUCAGGUGGCACCUCUUUCCAGGUGUGUGGAGAGCUGUCGUCCCGGUUAUGGCAAGCAGACUCUUGAGGGGAAGCUGCCCUGCUGCUAUGCUUGUGCCCUGUGUGCAGAAGGGACAUUCUCCACUCAGGAAGAUGCAGAGCAAUGCAGCAGAUGUCCGGAAGAUCAGCACCCAAACAAGGACCGAGAUCACUGUGUCCCCAAGAGAAUUACAUUCCUCUCCUAUGAGGAACCUUUGGGGAUUCUCCUGGCUACAUUUGCCCUAAUUUGCCUUUUAAGCACAGGUUUUAUGUUUGGAAUCUUCAUUAAAUUCCGAGAAACUCCAAUUGUCAAAGCCAACAACAGGAACCUCUCCUACAUUCUCCUCAUCUCCCUCCUGCUUUCCUUCUUGUCUCCCUUCCUGUUCAUUGGCCAGCCAAGCAAAACAACUUGUCUGCUCCGUCAAACAGCCUUCAGCAUCAUCUUCUCAGUUGCCACCUCGAAUGUGUUGGCCAAAACCAUCACUGUGGUGCUGGCCUUCCUGGCCACCAAGCCAGGCAACAGAGUGAGAAGGUGGCUGGGAAAGAGCUUUGCCAAUACCCUUGUUAUUUCCUGUUCCAAUGUCCAGAUCAUCAUCUGCUCCAUCUGGCUGGCUGUGGCUCCACCCUUCCCAGAUGCUGACAUGCACUCCCAGACUGGACACAUCAUCCUACAGUGCAAUGAAGGGUCUUUCACAAUGUUCUAUUCUGCCCUUGGCUACAUGGGCUUCCUAGCUGCCAUCUGCUUCACUGUGGCAUUCCUGGCCAGGAAGCUUCCAGGAGUCUUCAAUGAGGCCAAGCUGAUCACCUUCAGCAUGCUGGUUUUCUGCAGUGUCUGGGUGUCCUUUGUGCCCUCUUACCUGAGCACCAAGGGAAAGUACAUGGUGGCCGUGCAGGUCUUCUCAAUCUUGACUUCCAGUGCUGGGCUGCUGGGCUUCAUCUUUCCUCCCAAGUGCUACAUCAUUGUCCUGAGGCCUGACUUGAAUACAAAGGAACAUCUCAUGAUCAAAAACAAAGAUACGAUCUGA